AUGAAGAGAAAGGCGACAAAGACCGAGACUUCGUCUCCUGAAGCUGGACAGAAGUCCGGAGGCGAUGUCGCUGGCGCCCCGCACGGCGAAGACGUCGACUUGGACGACCUUUGCGCGAUCUGUCACCUUCUUCUCUACCGACCUGUUCGCACACAGUGCAAUCACACGCUGUGUGAAUGGUGUAUGGCCCGUUGGGCUGAGGUUUCGAUAACCUCUCAAAUCACCCCCGUCGGGCUGAAUGACCCUGAGGUAGCUCUCCUGCCCAACGAAGUUGAAACCAAGUGUCCCAUGUGCCGAACUCCCACCACGGCCUCUUUCGACCCUGCCAGAGCGACGGCCCUACAGCGGCUGUAUCCGGUCUCUUAUCGAGCACGAGAGGCGGAGAGCGGGUUGGCUCAGGAAGACGACUCGGGUUCGGAUGUCGAGUGGCUGACGGUGUACAUUGGGAAUGAACACUCCUUGAUCAGGGCACACGGUGACUCUAACAACAAGCACCACUGGAAGUUCUUUGUGCGACCUUCCAGAACAGAUCUCAUUGAAGAGGUACAAAUAUUUCUGCAUCCAACGUUCCGCAACCCUCGCGUUAUUGUCCACAACCCGCCAUAUGAGAUACGUCGACUCGGAUGGGGCUACUUCACCAUUUUUGCUAAUGUCAUCCUGAAGGCGGGCUACAGCUGGGUAAGUGUCGAAGCCGGAGACACGCCUGAUGGCGGUCGCAAGGGACAAUUGCCCCUGGAAUGGACGUUGGACUUCAAUCGAGGUGGAUCUCAGGGACGUUUGAGACUGAAAGUCAAGAAAGAGAAAGAGGGGCAAGAAGCUGAGGACGCGGCACAGCGCGAGGAGGUAAGACGACUUGGGCUGAGGCAACAACGAACCGAUCCAGAUUGGGUGGACCCUCGAGGUGCUACAUCCGCAGGUUAA